AUCACAUGGCGGUGGUGUCCUGGACUCCGUCUCCAGGUGCUGAAACCUACCACGUUGUCGCUGAGGCUGCAGAUGGACACACGCAUACCUGCAACACAAGCUCCACAAACUGCAGCUUAUCAGAGCUCCACUGUGAUGAGCAGUACACUGUGUUUGUGACAGCUGGCCAUGAGAACUGCUCCAGCAAAGCCAGUCAGAAUGUAACACUGAACACAGGUCCUUGCCAGCCAAGUGGACUCUCAGUUACGUACCAGUGUAGCAAUCAGUCCGCGACGCUGACGUGGACUCCCAGUGGACCAGCUAAAGACUACUACGGCUGUGCUCAGGCUGGAAAUGAAGACAUGCUUUACUGUCACAGCACAAACCCCAGCUGUGUUAUCAAUGGCCUCGACUGCGGAACUGUUUACAAUUUCUCUGUCCAGGCCUCAGACGGGACAUGCAACAGCUCCUUCAGUGAUCCUGUGCAGAUUGAAGCAGUUCCCUGUCCACCAGCUAUUGCUGAGGUGCAGCUUUUCCCAAUGCAGGACGAGAUCGAGGUGAUGCGUUUCAGCUGGAAACAGAUUACCUGUGGCGACACCGGUUACAUGCUCACUUUGAAAGGAAGUCUGCUGGGAGACAGCCAGGCCCUGUUCGAGCUUUCUUCCUAUUGGACAAAUGUGACAUACUUUGAGUUUCCUCUCGUCUGCAGUUCGAAUUACAGCGCCACAAUGAAGAGCAGGAAUGCUGCAGGCAUGAGCGACACAUCCAUGCCUGUUUAUGGAACAACAGCUCCUUGUCCACCAUCGGGUGUGGUGUACACUGGAAACAGCUCCUUUGCCACAGUUUCGUGGAACGCCUCAGUGUUUGCCGUCAACUACACGGUGUAUGACAACAGCAUAACGCCAAAGGUCCAGCUGUGCAGCACUGCACAGCUGUCCUGCUCUCUGUCCAACAUCGCUUCCAGCGAUCUCGCGAUCACCGCCAGCAAUGCCGCUGGAGAAAGUGAAGCAAUAAAUGUCACAAAAAUGGUGACGCACGCACGCAGGAGAAGAGAUCUCCAAGAACAGAUGUCACUGAAUGGAAGCAUCUCAGCUCCCGUGUUGGAUGUCACACACAUAACAUCAACAGUCAUUUCCAUCACAUGGUCUAAGGUGGAGGGUGCUUCUUAUUACAGCCUGCUGGUUAUAAAGCAAAGCAGGUCCCACGAGCACCAGCAGCUGACGGUGUACGGGGAGAGCAUCAUGCUCACUGAUAUGAGACCAAACGCCACCUACUGCAUCUCUGUGCUGGCCAUUUACGCAGACGCUAGUGGGCCAGAGUCUGAGCCCGUAUGUGUGCGGACAGAGAGCAGGCUUCCACAGUAAACAGAAAAGGCACUUCUGAGGCCUCCACACCUCUCCUUUUAAAAAUGGUUCCACUUUUAGAUGCCAAAUCCUUAACACACAAUACACAAGCACAUUAGAUUGUGGGAAUUAAUGUGGGUUGCUCUGCUCGUGUACCAUGAGAUGCAUUCAGCAUUAGCUUCCCCACUGAUAAUAAAGUAGUUGUCUUUAGAAUAAAAGGCUCUGUCCUCCAGUUCAUGCUUAUAUUAAAAACUCUUUAUAAAGAUGGGUUUAUGUCUACUGCUGGUUGAAGUUGCAUGUUCCUCCUGCUUUUUUAAUUCUCAUUUUGUAAAUUAUCAUCAUUGCUAAAUGUGUAUUUAACAUGCAAAUAAUUUUCAGA